ACAACAGUCACAGUGGGCGCUUUACUCAGCGCCGAAAGAACUAUGACUAAAGAGAGGCUCAAAGAGGCCCAAAGAGGAUGACAUGCAAGGUGCUUCUAAAAGAGUAGCCGAAUCAGGGAAAGUAUAUUCUAUCUUUACCCAAAGCAUGGCCCCAAAGGGUCUCCUCUGGCUGGAGAAUGUGGGUGGGACUUGUCUUCAUGGACUGCACCAAAGCCCCGUUUUCUCGCCCAAAGUCGCCUUAUUUGACUUGGAUGGGACCCUCAUUAGGCCUAGGGGAGGUAAGAAAUUUCCGAAAGACGCAAAUGAUUGGGAGUGGUGGCACGCCACAGUGAAAUCCAAGUUGGCUGAAACUGCUAUAUCGAAUCAGGCAGGAUUUUCCAGCAGGAAAGGAGAAGAACGGCGUGCUGAAUGGAAGAAGAAAAUCCCUAAGAUUGCCGCCCAACUUCCAGGCGCACCAUUUCGUAUAUUUGCUGCAGGAGCCUAUGACGUGUACCGAAAGCCAUUACCCGGAAUUUGGCAUGCAAUCGAGCAAAUCUUUGCGAAAGAGAAUGUGGUUAUUGAUAAAGGGUCUUCCUUUAUGGUCGGGGAUGCUGCUGGUCGGCCCUCAGAUCACUCUUUUGCGGAUCGACUAUUUUCAAUCAAUGCUGGUCUAAGGUUCUUAACUCCGGAGGAGUUCUUCUGUAAUCAGAAGCCAGUGCCCUACGAGCUGUCAGGCUUCGAUCCAUCCACGGUCCCUAAUGACCUGCCUUUAUUCACCCCCUCCAAUACUCCUUUGAUACCGGAUCACGACACAUCCGCGUCGGUCACCAAGCCAGCAGAGAUUGUAUUGUUCGUUGGCUACCCGGCUUCGGGGAAAACAUCGUUCUACAAAGACUACUUUGAGCCGCACGAAUACGUGCAUGUCAACCAGGAUACUUUGGGUAGUAAGAAAAAAUGCUUAGCACUUGUUGAGUCUUCUGUGAAAGAGGGAAAGAGUGUUGUCGUUGACAACACGAAUAGGGAUGUGGACACACGAAAACCAUACAUUACUCUAGCGAGGAAGUUGAAGUGUUCUAUUCGCUGCUUAUACUUCGCCACCCCUCGGGAAACUGCAAUACAUAAUGAUGUAUAUAGAGCUUUUCUGGCAACUCCACGUGAAGGCGAGGUACAUAUUCCGGUGCUAGACCCUUCUCCUACCUUGGCAUUCAGUUCUUUUCAGAACAACUUCGAGGCACCUGAUGUCAAUGAGGGCUUUUCAGAAGUGAAAACCAUAAAUUGGGUAUUUCGUGGUACAGAGGAGAAUCGUCUCCUCUGGGCCAUACGAACUCAUGGGUUCUAGAUGAUUGAUGAUUGAUCUCAUGUCAGUAUGACAUUGUACAACACGACACAUUAUUUUGAUAUUUCUG